AUGUCGGAAAAUAUUGAUUUAGGUGAACUGAGAAGCUCGGACUUUCAUCGGAAAGAGGCCGAUGCUCUUCGCAUCUUGAGUGAGGCAUUCGCGUCUCAACCCGACCCCGCCGCGGCAUCAGCAGAGCUGGUCCGGUCCAUACGAGAAUACUGCUCGAAAUAUGAAUCUUCAGCUAUCGCUGAGACCAAUCUUUUCUAUUUCUGGAUGAUGAUACUAAAUGCUCAAAGGAUUAUACCCAUGGAUCAUCCUUGGCAUGAGGCACUUAUCGCAGCUGUUGAUGAUCUCCGGCGCCAAGGUGGGCCGCUCGUGGGGAACGAUACUGAAUCACUAUGGGAGGAUCUACCUGGACUGCACGUGGUUGUCCUCGAUUUUUGGGCCGAUCCCACUAAUUUCCCCGAUACUGUCCCUGAAGAAAUUGAGAUUUGGAAGCGAUGGAAUUCAUUGGUUUCGGGCUUCGUGGCUCGUGGUUGUCGGUCGUAUCGCGGCUUUGCUUAUUGGGAGAUAAGGGACGCCCUGGAGAAUGAUUCACACGACGAGCCAACCUUAUUUGAUGCCACAACGGUGUUUGAGUGCAAACUCUGGGUCGCAACACAAUGGUUGAUUCGAUGCGGGGGUAUUCUAUUCGACGACUUAACGCACGGCGAAGAAAUUGAAGAGGAGUCGAAAUCCUGGGGGUGUGGGCCUCUGUGUCGGGACAUUCCCACAUAUAGUAUUCAGCGAUGGGAUUUCUGGAUGUCAAGGCUUGUGCAACUGGCCGACAAGAAAUCAACCAUCCGUAUGAAGGAAGGCACUCCACAUGACGUUGUGCUCAGCGAGUCCUCUCUUUCGCGUGUCGACCAGGCUAUUGCUGCGAUGCAUAAAUACCGCUCCAUCGCUGAAGCUCGAGACCAAUUAGGAGGGCACAAACAUAUCAACAGCACUGGGUAA